CUCUCGUGAAACGUCAAGACUAUUAUUGUGUCAUCGAGUCGUGUUUAGAAUAGUGCGGAAUAAUUUCUGCAUUUUUCCUCAAAAAUUACGUGAAAACACGUCUUUUAACGAAAUAUGACUAAGAAAAAACCUCUAGGAGCUGGCUUGAGCCGGGACGAACGAAUGUUGAUCGUGGUAGGUGAAAUCAUUCAAGAGUUGCUGAAGGCCCACCGUGAUGGUAAAAAUGUUAAUUUGAACCGUUUGAAAACACGACUUUCGUCUAACUAUGGCCUAGAUAGUGCACCUAGGUUGGUAGACAUCAUUGCAGCGGUUCCUCACGAAGCGAAACCGAUUUUGUUGCCGAAACUGAAAGCGAAACCAAUCCGUACGGCAAGUGGGAUUGCCGUUGUUGCUGUGAUGUGCAAGCCACACCGGUGUCCUCACAUCAAUAUGACCGGAAACAUUUGUGUUUAUUGUCCGGGAGGACCAGAUAGUGAUUUUGAAUAUUCGACGCAGAGCUACACCGGUUAUGAGCCUACCUCGAUGCGAGCGAUCCGGGCAAGGUACAAUCCAUUUUUGCAAACCAGACAUCGCGUAGAACAAUUGAAACAAUUGGGUCAUUCGGUAGAUAAGGUUGAAUUUAUAAUAAUGGGUGGUACGUUUAUGUGUCUUCCGGAAGAUUAUCGAGACUAUUUCGUUCGUAAUCUUCACGAUGCACUAUCGGGCCAUACGAGUUCUAGCGUAGAAGAAGCGGUUCGCUAUUCGGAAAAAUCUCAUACCAAAUGUAUAGGUAUAACAAUCGAAACUCGUCCAGAUUAUUGCCUGAAUCGCCACCUGUCAGAUUUACUAGCAUAUGGUUGCACUAGACUGGAGAUAGGAGUUCAAUCCGUGUACGAAGAUGUCGCCAGAGAUACAAACCGUGGCCAUACAGUGAAGGCCACAUGCGAGAGUUUUCAGAUGUCGAAAGAUGCCGGAUUUAAAGUAGUUUCACAUAUGAUGCCUGAUCUGCCGAAUGUGGAUAUUGAACGAGACAUAGAACAGUUCAUAGAGUUCUUUGAAAAUCCCGAUUUUCGUGCAGACGGUUUAAAAAUCUACCCAACCUUAGUUAUUCGUGGCACCGGAUUAUACGAGCUGUGGAAGACAGGUCGCUAUAAGAGUUAUCCGCCGUCGACAUUGAUUGACUUGGUUGCGAAAAUCCUAGCACUGGUGCCACCGUGGACACGAGUUUAUCGCGUUCAGCGAGAUAUUCCAAUGCCAUUAGUCAGUUCCGGUGUAGAACACGGCAAUCUUCGAGAGCUUGCCCUCGCUCGAAUGAAAGAUCUUGGAACCGACUGUCGUGAUGUUCGCACUCGAGAAGUUGGCAUCCAGGAAAUUCACAAUAAAGUACGACCGUAUGAAGUGGAACUUAUCCGGCGAGAUUACGUUGCAAAUGGAGGAUGGGAAACGUUCCUUUCGUACGAGGACCCCUCACAGGACAUACUGGUUGGCUUGUUAAGACUUCGUAAGUGCUCACCGGAUACGUUCCGACCGGAAUUGAUCGACAACUGCUCGAUUGUCAGAGAACUGCAUGUAUACGGAUCAGUUGUUCCUGUUAAUGCUAGGGAUCCGACAAAGUUUCAACAUCAAGGAUUUGGAAUGUUGUUAAUGGAAGAAGCAGAACGCAUCGCACGUGAAGAACAUGGAAGUAAGAAACUUGCUGUUAUUUCUGGAGUUGGAACGAGAAAUUACUACCGGAAAAUGGGUUAUGAAUUGGAUGGUCCUUACAUGUCUAAAAUGUUGGAUUAGAUAUUUACAGAGGCAUCUGCCCACUUGGAAUAAAAUCGUUCGAUAUAAAAUCAA